ACCCCGGAGGACCGCCUCCAUCCCUCUAUAUAAGCAACCACCCCCGGCCUCCUCCUCUCCUAGCUAUAGCUGCUACUGCUCGUCUUACCUGGUUCACACACCAGAGCUUGGUUCUUAGUAGCUCCUGUCUCCGUCCAUUGCCGACAGCUAGCUAGCUCGAUCGUUACAAGCUAAGGCACUGCAGCCACAGGGCUCCGGUAGCUCCGCGCCCUCGUCGCAGACACACCGUGCGGUGCGCGCCGGCUGAGGAGGAGGAGGAGGAGGAGGAGGAGGAGAUUAAGAUUAUUAGCUAGAAGGCGAGGCGAGGGAAUUGAUCGAUCAUCUCGCGAGAUGAGCUGCAACGGCUGCCGCGUCCUGCGCAAGGGCUGCAGCGACGCCUGCGUGCUCCGGCCCAGCAUCGAGUGGAUCGACGGCGCCCAGCCGCAGGCCAACGCCACCGUCUUCGUCGCCAAGUUCUUCGGCCGCGCCGGCCUCGUCGCAUCGCUCGCCGCAGUCCCGCUGCACCACCGCCCAGCCCUGUUCCGAUCCCUGCUGUACGAGGCCUGCGGGCGGACCAUCAACCCGGUGAGCGGCGCCAUCGGGCUCAUGUGGACGGGCAACUGGGACCUCUGCCAGGCCGCCGCCGACGCCGUCCUCCGCGGCGAGUCGUCCCUCCGCGCGCUCUCCACCAUCCCCGCCGCGUUCAAGGACCGCGACAUGGACGGCCUCUACGGCAACGUCGGCGCUGCCGCCGCCUCCUCCGCAUCGCCCGAGAACUCCUCCUCCACGCCGUCCAAGAAGCGCAGGAACAACGGCGGCGGCGGCAUCGCCUGCUUCGACGCCGUCCGCGCCACGGGCGCCUGCCAGCAGCCGCCGCCGGCGGGGCUGCUGCAGUCGUGCGAGCUCGACCUCUGCCUGACGCCGGCGUCGCCGAUGGCGGGAGGGCGGCGGGGCUGCGGCGCGUCGGACGAGUACUCCGCCACGACGACGUGCGAGGACCUGCAGGCCACCGGCGGCGACGUGGAGCCCAGGGCGCCGGCGCUGCUGAACCUCUUCAACUGACUGACCGUGACCGUGUCAUCGCCCUUCUUUCUUUCUUGUAAGAAGAUGUAACUGUGCAGAGAGACAGAGAGGGAGUUCAGCAGAGGGUGUGUGUGUGGUAAUUAGUUGCAGGAGUCGGUCGGUGCUGGACAAAGGUUUUUGGGGUGUGAAAAUGCUUUUGAAGCGAUCCAGCUGUUGAUUAAGCUGGUGAAUUAACGAGUGUGUUAAUUUGCUUUGCUACAGAAAGGAUGGGCUGGUGUGCCAAAUUAGGCUGUGAUGCAUAGCAUAGGUGGAUUAACAUCGAGCAGUUUGUAAUUAAGGUCCGUAUCUUGAAUCUUAUCAGGUCGAGAUAACCGAGGCCUUAUUUGCAAUUCAAGUUUUUCUUUUUAGAUA